UAUCACGAAUGUUAGGUUUUCAUCUCUUCCACAUUUCCCCCCUUUUCAGUUUACUCCUAAUCCUACCACCACCUCUUCUUCUUCUUCAGCUGUUACCAUUUGAGCUUAGAUUCACACAUCAAUGCUUGUGAUUCUCCUCUAAUCUCUCACUUUCUGGACCUACAUUUCGCGGGAAUGACAAAUUCAUACUCAGAUGACGACGACUCAUCUCAGUCGGAAAAUGAGAAAAGGAGAGUUUUGAUUCGGAUAAGUGUGAUACUCGGUGUAAUGUUCUUAAUCAUAUUGGGUUGCGUACUCUGGAAGAACAACAACAAAAAACAACCACAAGGUGGCAGUUCUGGUGGUGGUUCUGGAGGUGGUUCUGGUGGUGGUUCCAUAACACCAGGAUUACCCGUAGCUACGUGGUACGGAGAUCCAAAUGGUGCUGGUAGUGAUGGUGGUGCUUGUGGUUACGGGAAUGCAGUAGGGCGACCACCUUUCUCUUCAAUGAUAUCAGCCGGUGGCCCUUCUCUUUAUAAGUCUGGAAAAGGUUGUGGUAGCUGUUAUCAGGUAAAAUGUUCGGGACAUUCAUCAUGUUCAGGAAAUCCAGUAACUGUAGCGAUUACAGACGAGUGCCCAGGUUGUUCAGAAUCAACCCAUUUUGAUUUGAGCGGUACAGCCUUUGGAGCCAUGGCCAUUUCUGGCCAAGAGCAACAAUUGCGCAGUGCUGGCGUUCUGCAGAUACAAUAUCAACGAGUAGAAUGCAACUAUCCAGGCACAAAUAUUGUGUUUCAGGUUGAUGGUGGUUCAAACCCUUACUAUUUUGCUACAUUGGUUGAAUAUGAAGACGGAGAUGGCGAUAUUGCUACUAUCGAUCUUCAAGAUAGUUCAGCUUCGGCUGAUUGGCGACCAAUGCAGCAGUUGUGGGGUGCUGUAUGGAAGUUAAAUUCAGGUUCCGCACUGAGAGGUCCAUUAUCUCUACGUCUUAAGUCCUCUAAGGGGGAGAUGCUUGUAGCAUUAAAUGUCAUUCCAGCAGGGUGGGGUGCUGGUGUGACCUAUCGGUCAAUCGUCAAUUUUAAUGAAUAGCUGUUAUAUGUAGUUCGUUAGUGACUAGCAAUUAUCCGUAGUUUCUUAGUUUUUAUUGUACUAGUGACUGGCCCCUGCGCUGCAAGGUUUUGUAUAUUACUGUUAAAAGAAGAGAGGUAACCAAAUGACAUCUUUUACUGAA